AUUAAUCAAAUCGGGUAUUAGUGAUGAUAUAGUAAAAGCCCGAUCCAUGAGUCGGGUGCUAACAGUCCCUAAUGGACCCAAUGUUGAAUCGUAUACCGGAUUUAUAACAGUCAACGACCGAUACAAUAGUAAUAUGUUUUUCUGGUUUAUACCAUGUUUUAAAAAUCCCGAAACUGCACCGGUAUUAGUCUAUCUAGAGGGUGGUCCGGGAAUGUCAUCGCUAGUAUCACUAUUUAUGUGGGGCACAUUCAACAUAGACUAUAAAUUAAAUGUAACAAUAAACCCGUGGUCAUGGAAUCGUCAAUUAUUUUCCAUUAUAUAUGUGGAUAAUCCCGUCGGAACAGGAUUUAGUUAUACCAAUGAUAAUACCAAUAAUGGCUAUUCCAGAGACCAGUUGACUAUUUCACAGAAUUUAUAUGAAUUUCUCAGACAAUUUUUCCUGGUUUUUCAUGACUACCGUAAACGGGAUUUAUAUGUAGGCGGUGUAUCAUAUGCUGGGAAAUAUGUGCCCGCAUUUGGCCACUACUUAAUACAAAUGUCAAACAUAUCUAAUCUGAAUUUCAAGGGUAUACUCGUUGGCAAUGGUUUUACUGAUCCAAUCAAUCAGUUAGCCUAUGAUAAGACACUAUUGAAUUUGGGUUUAAUUGAUGAAAAUCAAGCCAUUGAAGUCCAGACAAAACAAAAUCAAAUCAAACAAUUGAUAAAAUCUAUGGACUAUUUGAAAGCAUCAAAAUUAUUCAUACAAUUAAUACUAGCAAAUCAACCAAACAAUUACCUAAUGAAUAUAACAGGUUUUCCAUUGUUUUAUAAUAUUCAACAAUCGGAUAAUGUUUUGAAUAGACUAUAUUUAGUUGAAAAUUAUUUCAAACAACAAUCGGUUAGGAAAGCCAUACACGUUGGCAGUGAUGAUGAUAUGAUUGUCUAUAAUAUGUACAGUCUAUUAGUUCAUCAGUAUAUGAGUGAUGAUUUUACCCGAUCGGCUGAACCUAAUUUGACGGCAAUCAUAGACAAUGGUUAUAAAGUAUUGCUAUUUACCGGUAAUUUGGAUAUUGUUGUUGGCAUCGAAUCUACCAAUGGAUUGCUAUUAAAUAAAAAUUGGAAAUAUUAUUUAGAUUAUAAUAGAGCCAAACGUGACAUUUGGAAAGUCAAUAGAAACGACCCGGAAAUAGCCGGUUAUGCAAAAAGUUUCGGUAAUUUUCAGCAUAUUAUUGUACGUAAUGCCGGCCAUUUUGCAAUGUUAGACCAGCCCAGGGCUACACUAGAUAUGGCCAAACGGUUCAUCAAAUCGCUAACAUUUGAUUAA